AGUACAUACACGGUACAAAAUGGUAUUAAGGUUCAUCCUCCGGUAUUUGGCCAACAAUGAGCAAUUAGUUAACAAGUUAGCUGAUUCAAAACCAAUGAGAAGAGCAGCGCAAAUGGUAGUUUACUUAUUAAGUAGAACUAGUUCUUUUAGUGGCUCACAUCAACUACCUACCAACAGUAAAGAAUUUUCUCAACAAAUAUUUUCGGCUGCAAAAAGAUUUUCUACAGACUUUCAAAAAGAAUUGAAAUCAGCUCAGGAAGAAAUAAAAAGAAAGCAAUCAAAAUAAAUUCGCAACAGAGACUACAACGCAAGAUCUCAAUUGUUAAAAAAUUGGUUAUAACAAAAAUAGAGUAUUUUUUGUGAAAAAUACUUUUUUUUUUUAAUUACGUACCCAAACUCCUUUUUAUAAUAUUUUUUUCUUUUUCAAAUAAAAAUGAUUAAUCUACCCUUAUAAAACAGCAUUGUGUUACACACACAUACUUCCUGUGUAUAUAUUUAAUUCUUUCCACCUGUGUGGGAGUUUCAAAAUGUUGAAUAAUAAUUUCAUGAUGUAACUACGUCUAUUGGUCAAUAAGAAUUUAUAUAUUUUCUUCUCAGAACAAAUAAAGGUAUUCUAAACAUUA